AUGCCAAUUACAGUCCAUAGCCUAACCAAAGUACUGUUUGCCGUACAAUUUAAUGCGUGGUUGUGUACCGCCGAUUCAACCAUAAAUCACAAGAUAAAUUUAGUGGAGUGUACCAAAAAUUUAAAAUUUGAAUUAACAAUCCCGAGACAAAUACCAAAAGAUGAAGGAAAAUUCCUCUGCAGAUCUCAAUCCAUGUCUGCUCAUAGUUAGUGGAUACCAAACUUGUGGGUAAUUGUUUUUGCCUGCAUCUGUUGUUAAAGUUGGGCUUGCCGAACGAUUCGUAUAAUUUCAUGUGGUCUUAUGAAAAUAGGCAAUGCCGGCACAGUUCAUGGAGUAAGUACUACUGUUGUUAUCCCUCGCAUUUUAUCAUUCAAAGUUACUACAAACACACCCACACACACAUUUGUUUGCCGCCAGUGCGAGCAACUGCAGUUGCUUGUUGAUGAUGUAGGAUUGAUUGCGGAUUUGCAUUUGUGAAUUUUAAUUGCAUAAUUUACAUCAAAUCUCAUUCUAUGUCACAGCAGUCAGGCAGUCAGUCAGUCUGUGGAGGUCAAACAGGAUAUGGAGAACAGAAGAAGUAAAUAGCUUUGUGGACUUGAUAAAUAUUUUAUGAGUGAGAGAAGAAUAUGAGUGAGAAACAGAAGAAGACGAAGAAGACGAAGAAGAAGGUGCUGGACAUGAGAUGUCCGUGGCCAGGUACAUUUGACCAGCACAGUCACACAACUGCAGCAGAUCCCCACAAUCCUGCUCCAGAGUCAGUUGCUGACCAAUCAGAGAGCAAUAAUAACAAUAAUAAUAACGGAACAUCCAACCAGCACAAGUGUGGUUUGUGUCACAUAGCGUGUCUGAGGUGCCAAGGCCCCUCCAUCUCCGACUGCAUCGAGUGCAGGAAGUUGCAGUUGGGGGGCAUGUGUGUGGAAGACAGUUGUCCUUUUCUCUUUUUCGAACAGGAGAACCCAAAUGGAGCCAACUACUGCACCAUUCCAAACUCAGUGCUGGCCUUCUUUGUCUCAGUGUUCCUCUUCUUCCUCUGGCUGUGUGUGUCCAGGUGUGUCCGGAAGGCAUGGAGACGCAAUGGCCACAGGCGAAUAAGUCGUCACAACAGACAGAGCCAGAGCAGCAAUAAAGAAAAACACAAACACGAAAAAGAAGAAGGAAAAGAAGAAGGUGGAGAAGAUGGCGCUGCAAUCACCUUCUUCAACAUAAGCCCUCAGUUCUCCCGCCAAACUGCAUUGAACGUCCAACCCCCUCGGGAUGGAAACUACUGCAAUGGAACUCCUGAUGUUUCUACCCCCCUUUCCCUCAUGGUGGCAAAUCACCAGCAGCUAACCGGCCGCCACCGACCGCUUUUAUACGCAGGACGAGAACAGCACGUGCAGAUAUCAAACGAACUUCCUCUUUUCGCCCACUACUCUCCCAAAACAUCUCCUGACAUGGAAAUGAAUGGAAGCAUAGCCUGGAUUGUUCCGAAUGCAACUGAAACUCAUGCUGGCGAUGCAAUGAUUCCACACGUUCACGACUUCCAAGCAGGUAUCACUCAUAAUGACGUUACUUCUCCGAACGGAUGCGACGAGUUGAUUUCCUUGGCCGACGACGGCGCAGUACUAUCCAGCUCUAGUGUCUCCCCAACUCUGAGUGGUUACUACUCGGCCUCCACCACUAGCAACCAGAUGGGCUCGGAUUUCUCACGAACCUACACUCCAAGCAUGAACAAAAACGACUUGAAGUAUAGUUUCCGGGUUCUGAGGAUGGAAACUUCGGUGCCAGAAGAUAACCCGCCUCACAAUGAAGAGUGCCGCUUUGGCUCUCAAGUGUACAAGAAACGAUCAGUUGAAGCGACUGUGUAGAAUGAGAAACCGAGUUUCCAGCCCCUAUUUACUCUAGUACUCCCUUUGUUCGUUUUCAUCAAUCGUGUAAUUAAAUUAUGUUACCUUUCAAGAUUAUUUUUCUAUUUCAGCUUGCAAUCUCUCUUGUGAAUAAAAAUGCGGCUCUUGAGUGUAGUGGACUCACUACGGGAUCAGCUGCUCAGAUUGAACAGCUGGCAAAACUGUUUGAACCAGUCCAUCAGAAUGAGAUGUAAGAACUAAUUAGGGUUCAUACAUUGACAUGUUAGAGUCUG